GCAAAGGACGAUAUUAUGCAAGCCCUUUACAGUCCCACUGGCAACAGCGUGCAAGCCGUUCAGGAGUAUGUGGCACAAAGGCUGCCAUCAGCGGUGAGACCGACAAAUCACGAUAGUUCGGGAACCUGCUCUAAGCCUCAUUACGAGCGAUUACCAACUUUGUGCCACAUUGCAGUCGACGCAUUCAGCACUCACGAUGACGUCGAAAUGUUGAAUGGUAUAGAGCCUUUCGAAGGGAAUAGUAGUCGUGCGCCUCACCUCCAACUUGUGGAUGCAGAGGGUACCGAUGCGCUAGUUCUCUGCGCUGAAUCAGCGACAGUGCGCGUGGAAAGAAAAGACGCCGCCAUUGAGGAGGAGAGGGCAGAAGCGAUAAGAAUAAACGAUAUAGUAUCAGGUGCGAUGAUAGGCUGGUGGAGCGGGAAUAGCUCACAUAAAGUCGACCAGGACUUCCCGCCAACUGCGCCAAGUAAUGUAGAUGAAAUUGAAAACGCUGAACGUCAAGAACCUGGUCUCCUUUUCUCGCCUGGAGUGUCCUCUUCGAGGGAAGUUAGAGCACAAAGAACAAGCCAAGCAGACGGCCUGGUGGAUAUCGACGCGUCCGAAAAUUUUCAUGAUAAGGCUAAGCCGGACCAGGGUGAAGUUGCAUUCGAUGGAGGACUGCCAUCUCUUGCGAGUGUCCUUGACAAUAUUUUGUGCCAGCUACAAGCGUUGCAUCAUACGCGAGAGGAAGCAGCUCAAACGCCGGCUGUUCUGGUUGCAGGAUCGGACCCGUCGUCUCUUAUUUGGGUGGAUCUUCGCGGACAAGAGGAUGUCGAAGACAGCUGUAGCAACCUCGACAAAGGAGCAAUUACUAGAGCAGACCACCAUACUGAUGCUACAAUGGAGGAUAUUGAGACGGAGGCCGACCGGCGCAUUGUUGAUAGGGAGGGCCAUACUUCUGCCAAAAAGAGCGUUGCAAGCUGCUUGCGCAAGAAGGCGACGAGGUGGUGCGCUGAAGCCGACUAUGUGGCAAGAGAGUUCUGG